GAUGGCGGUUGCUUUGCAGUAAUCGGGACUGAAGGAGGCUGCCUUUGCUGGGCCCGCCCCUUUCUCACCAAGGGAGAGGGCCUGUCUGGCUGGGGCAGUUCUACAUGAGGGAAAGCAGCAGGGUCACUUGCCCCCUUUCCCCCCACCAUCAUCGGAGGGAUGAAGGCAGUUCAGGGCAACACCGAGGAAUCAGAGAAACUGAAUAAGAUGAGUUCCCUUCUGGAAAGACUUCAUGUCAAGUUUAAUCCCAACAGCAGACCUUGGACAGAGACCAUGAAGCUUGUUAGACAAGUUAUGGAAAAACGAAUUGUCAUGAAUUCUGGAGGUCACCAGAAUCUUAUCACUUGCUUAGAAACUUUGCAGAAGGCUUUAAAAGUGUCAUCUCUGCCUGCUAUGACAGAUCGCUUAGAGUCCAUUGCUAGACAAAAUGGUCUUGGAUCUCAUCUUAGUGCAAAUGGCACUGAAUGCUAUAUAACAUCUGACAUGUUCUAUGUGGAAGUACACUUGGAUACUACAGGACAACUGCGUGAUGUCAAGGUGGCACAUCAUGGAGAAAACCCAGUGAGCUGCCCAGAGCUGGUACAGCAUCUAAGAGAGAGAAACUUCAAUGAAUUUUCUAAGCAUCUUAAGGGUCUUGUCAAUCUAUAUAAAGUGCCAGGUGACAACAAAUUGAAAACUAAAAUGUAUUUGGCUCUGCAGUCCUUGGAGCUUGAUCUUUCAAAGAUGGCAGGGAUGUAUUGGCAAGCCACGAAUGCAAGUCCCUUGGACAAAAUUUUGCAUGGCAGCGUGGGCUAUCUCACUCCUAGAAGUGGUGGUCACCUGAUGAAUCUUAAGUAUUAUGUUUCUCCUUAUGAUUUAUUUGAAGAAGGAACUGGAGCUCCCAUCAUUCUGAAUGAGAAUAAUGUUCCUCGUUACCUAGGCAUGAAUGUAUGUGUUACAAUUGAGGGAACCUUAACUAUGAAUAAACUUCCGAUUGCCCCUCUGAUUAUGGGGACUCACCCUGUUGAUAACAAAGGGACACCCUCAUUCUCCUCAGUUACCAGUGCCAAUAGUGUUGAUUUUCCAGCUUGCUUCUUUUUGAAAUUUCCAAAACCAGUUCCUGUUUCUCAGGCUUUCAUUCAGAAACUUCAGAAUUGCACCGGUAUCCCGCUGUUUGACACUCCUCCAACCUAUGUCCCAUUAUAUGAGCUCAUCACACAGUUUGAGCUAUCCAAGGAGGAGGAGGAGGAGGAUCCUUGUCCAUUGCACAAUACUAUGCGCUUUUAUGCUGCCUUGCCAGGACAACAGCACUGUUAUUUCCUCAACAAAGAUGCCCCAUUGCCAGAUGGACGAAGCCUUCAAGGAACACUGCUUAAUAAGAUUGCUUUCCACCAUCCUAGUCGAGUACCUCUCAUUCUCAGUAUGAUCAGGCAUCAAGUGGCUUACAAUACACUAAUAGGCAGCUGUGUCAAACGAACUGUUUUAAAAGAAGAUUCCCCUGGCAUCCUGCAGUUUGAAGUCUGCCCUCUUUCUGACUCUUGCUUCAGUGUAUCUUUUCAGCACCCUGUUAAUGACUCCUUAGUUUGUGUGGUAAUGGAUGUACAAGAUUCUACCCAUGUAAACUGUAAAUUGUACAAAGGGCUUUCUGAUGCACUCAUCUGCACAGAUGAUUUCAUUGCAAAGGUUGUUCAAAGGUGCAUGUCAAUUCCUGUGACUAUGAGAGCCAUAAGGAGGAAAGCGGAAACAAUCCAAGCAGACACACCAGCUUUGUCCCUUAUUGCUGAGACAGUCGAAGACAUGGUGAAGAAGAAUCUUCCUCCUGCAAGCAGUCCAGGAUAUGGCAUGACUACUGGCAACAACCCAAUGAGUGGCACCACCACCCCAACCAGUACUUUCCCUGGCGGCCCCAUCUCCACUUUAUUUAGUAUGAGCAUGGGCAUCAAAGAAAGACAUGAUUCAGUGGGACAUGGGGAGGACUUCAGCAAAGUGUCUCAGAACCCCAUUCUUACAAGUUUGCUACAAAUCACAGGCAAUGUAGGUUCUACUAUUGGCUCUAGUCCCACUCCUCCACACCAUACACCUCCCCCUGUGUCAUCGCCUGCAAGCAACACCAAAAACCAUCCAAUGCUUAUGAAUCUUUUGAAGGACAAUGCUGCUCAAGAUUUCUCAACUCUUUAUGGAAGCAGUCCACUUGAGAGACAGAACUCUUCUUCUGGUUCUCCAAGGAUGGAAAUGGGACCAGGGGGCAAUAAGCAAAAAAAGAAAAAAUCACGUGUGUUAGUGGAUAAACCAAAGCAUCAAACUGAAGAUGACUUUCAGAGAGAGCUGUUUUCUAUGGAUGUUGAUUCCCAGAACCCCAUAUUUGAUGUCAACAUGACCACUGACACUUUAGAUACACCUCAUAUUACUCCAGCACCCAGUCAGUGCAGUACCCCUCCAACAACCUAUCCACAAUCUAUACCUCAUGCCCAACCCAGUAUUCAGAGAAUGGUCCGGCUCUCCAGUUCAGACAGCAUUGGGGCUGAUGUUACAGAUAUUCUUUCUGACAUAGCAGAAGAAGCAUCUAAACUGCCAAAUACCAAUGAAGAUUGUCCUCCUAUUGGGACACCAAUAAGAGACUCAUCCAGUUCAGGGCAUUCACAAAGUGCCCUUUUUGAUCCAGAUGUUUUUCAGUCAAAUAACAGUGAAAACCCAUAUACUGAUCCAGCUGAUUUGAUUGCUGAUGCUACUGUAAGCCCAAAUAGUGACUCUUCAAAUCAGUUCUUCCCAGAUGGAGUUGACUUUAACCCUGAUCUCCUGAACAGCCAGAGCCAAAGCGGUUUUGGAGAAGACUAUUUUGAUGAUAGCAGCCAGAGCGGAGACGCUGAUGACUUCAAGGGCUUUGCACCACAAACGAUAAGUACUCUGGGUGUGCAAGUACUGGGGGGAGAUGGAGGGGAGAGUAAGUUCAAGGCAAGCAGCCAAGCGGACACAGUCGACUUUAGUAUUAUCACUGCUACCAGCAAGGCUCUGGGAGCUUCUGAUGUAUUGGAGCAUCAUAGUGGAAGCCAGAGCCCCUUACUGAGUAUGGGAGAAUUGGGGAAAGAUAAAUCACAGAAGCGGGUCAAGGAGGGUAAUGGAUCUGGGAGUUCUUUAACGGGCCCUGGGCUGGAUGGCAAGGGUGGAAAACGCAAUCGCACCCCAUCCAGUGAUGGAAAGAGUAAAGAAAAGGUCCAGAAGCGGAGGAAGGUGGAGCCAGAAGGCAAAUCUCCUUCUCAUAGUACAUCCACCAGACCUUUCACCCCACCAGCAAGCACAGGUGGCUCAAAAUCUCCUGGAAGUUCAGGCAGGUCUCAAACACCCCCUGGGGUAGCUACUCCUCCCAUCCCUAAAAUCACCAUCCAGAUUCCCAAGGGAACAGUGACUGUUGGCAAACCUUCCCAUGGGCAGUACACAAGCAGUGGCUCAGUCUCUUCUUUGAGCAGCAAAAGUCAUCACAGUCAUUCCUCCUCCUCUUCUUCGUCCUCCUCGUCAUCGUCCUCCUCUUCGUCUUCCUCCUCGACGUCAGGCAAAAUAAAGAGCAGCAAGUCGGAUGGGUCUUCGGGGUCCAAGAUGAGCGGCAGCCUCUACUCAGGCCAAGGCAGCUCUGGUUCAGGUCAGUCCAAAAGCUCCACCCAAUCAGUGGGCAAGCCUGGGUCCUCCCCAAUCACAAAACACGGCCUCAGCAGCGGCUCUGGAGGUACCAAGAUCAAACCUCAAGGGAAGCCUUCAUCGCUUAUGAACCCUUCCAUGAGUAAACCAAACAUUUCUCCUUCUCAUUCUAGACCCUCGGGCGGUUCUGACAAGCUGGCCUCUCCGAUGAAACCUGUUCCAGGUACUCCCCCGUCAUCUAAAGCAAAGUCCCCUAUUAGUUCCGGUUCUGGAGGUUCACACAUUCCUGGGACAGGAUCAAGUUCAAGCAUGAAGUCAUCUUCAGGGAUGGGAUCUUCCAGUUCCAUGUCCCAGAAGCCACCUCCUUCUUCAAAUUCUUCAAUGGGAUCUUCAUCUUCCUUUUCAUCUGGCAGCUCUUCCAUGUCUUCAUCUCAGAAUCAGCAUGGCAGUUCCAAAGGCAAGUCUCCAAGCCGAAACAAAAAGCCAUCCCUGACUGCUGUCAUUGACAAACUCAAACAUGGGGUUGUCACCAGUGGCCCCACUGGGGAAGAUUCAGUGGAUGGACAAAUGGUCCAGAAUUCCAGUUCGUCAGGCCACUCCAUGUCCUCCAAGCACAAUCUGUCAGGGAAUGAAUUGCAGGGGAAACGAGAAAGAAGUGACAAGGAGAAAUCCAAAAUCCCUGCUUCAGGAGGUUCCUCUGAAUCUUCCAAGAAAGCACCUGAUUCAAAGAGUGUUGGAAGCACUGGAGUGGCCAAAAUCAUAAUCAGUAAACAUGAUGGCGGUUCUCCUAGUAUUAAAGCCAAAGUUACCUUGCAAAAACCUGGGGAAGGAAGUGGGGAUGGCUUAAGGCCUCAGAUAUCAUCUUCCAAAAAUUAUGGAUCACCCCUGAUAAGUGGAUCAACUCCAAAGCAUGAGCGUUGUUCUCCUAGCCACAGUAAGUCACCUGCAUAUACACCCCAAAAUAUUGACAGUGAGAGUGAAUCUGGAUCAUCUAUAGCAGAAAAAUCCUAUCAGAAUAGCCCCAACUCUGAUGAUGGAGUUAGGCCUCUUCCAGAAUAUAGCUCAGAAAAGCAUAAAAAACACAAAAAAGAAAAGAAGAAACUGAAAGAUAAAGACCGUGACAGGGAUCGUGACAAAGAGAGAGACAAAAAGAAAUCUCACAGCAUAAAACCAGAAAGCUGGUCUAAAUCUCCCAUCUCUUCAGAACAGUCCCUGUCUAUGACAAGCAGUGCCAUCCUUACAUCAGAUAGACCAUCUAGGCCCAGCCCUGAUUUCUUGAUUGGGGAGGAAGAUGAUGAUCUCAUGGAUGUUGCCCUGAUAAGAAAUUGAGAAUAUUUGUAAAUUGUGCGUGUGUGCAAUGUUUAAUUUAUGUUCUUUUUAAAAAUAACAUUAAAAUUGUGAGCAUGGGUUCAAGUAAAUCCAAUCUGAUUUGGACAGCUAAUGGUGUGUGUGUGUAUGUGUGUGUGUCAGAUACACACACACACACAUCUAUAUUGGAAGCCUGUCUACCAAGAGUGCCACACACAAAAAAACCCUGUUCAGUUAUAAGUCUGUCACUUGUUCACAAGAUUGCAUUCCUUUAGGCAGAGGAUGAACAUUACCUAUUUUAAUAGAAAUAGAUCUUCAUUGCACCACUUUUAUAUUUCUAUUUGGUGCUUAAUUUUAAUCUUUUUUUAACAUUUAGAGUUUGGUUUUUAUUAUUCAUAUUAGGUAGAGCUUUUCAUUAACAGAUUAUUGGAAGCAGUAUCUAAUACAAAUUUACAGAUAGCACCAAUUUUGGCACUCAUCCAAAAGGGUGAAGUAUUUUGAUAUAGAUGUGUUAUACCUAUAAGGUAAUUUGACUUAUUUGUGUUAUAAAACUAAUUUUUUAAGAGUACCUGUGUUGGAAUUCAUGACUGUUUCCUGUGUAACAGUUACACAAUAAAGGCUAUCAUUUGAUGAGAAGCAGAAAGGGAUGGUUUUAGAAACCAUCUUGAACUUAAACAGAAUUUAAAUACUUCUGGUCUGUUUUAAUUUUGUAUGUAUAUAUACAAACCACUAAGGAGAGUAAGCAUCAUGUCCUUCUUUUCAGUUGGUUGUAUUUUUAACAUUAUGUACUGAGAUAAUGAGUCCUCUUUGAUGUAUAAGCCGCUCCAGAAAUGUAAUAUGUAAGGAGUCAAUAGUACAGUAUUUUAAAGAGUUGUGUUAGUUCCCAAGAGUUUGGCCAGCUCAUUACCUUCUUUCACAUUAGUGAAAUAACAGUGAAAGCAUUUACGAAAAGCACCCUUGUUUGCGCUGUUAUAUUUUGUCAUAGGAAAUGUACUGAGACACCAUAGACUUCCAACAUUACAUAUGCAUCUGUUUACCAGUCAAUACUUCCUGUCUUCUAUAUUUUAACACUGACAUUUGCCCAGUAUUUUGAAAAACUGUGCAGCUCAGCACUCUAUAUGUAUCUGGAUUAGGCAAUGGCAGCGUAUGGCCACAUCUGUACUGAUAGAUUAAACUGUGGCCUUAAAACUAUGCAUUCUAAAUAAAUUGAUUUUUCCAAGGUAUUAUCGGGUUAAUCUACUAUUCUUGGAUUCUGUGUAUUAAUGAAAUAUGAGGCAGCUUUCACUUAACCUGAUAUCCUGCAAAAUAAAAAUUCUUACAUUUCCAACCAGCUAAUUAAGAAAUGUGGUAAUUUUAGCCUUACACUUCUGUCAGUGCCAGCUUUGAUAAUGCUGUUCUAAGACACAAUGGAGAUGUACUUUCUUUGUAUUGCUUUCUUGUUUAUCAAAUUUAGAGCAAGUUACAUUAUUGUGUCCUUACAGGUGGUUGAUUGAGAAUUGCACACAAAAUCUAUGAAAUAGUAAGAAUUAUUUAACUGUUAUUCCUUAUAUAGCACCAUAUUACAGAUGUGCAAUUUUUUAUUGGUCAGAUUGUCAUGUGUUCAGUUUCUAUAGUAUUCCUUUUAAUUGAAAAUGCAAAGUUCUAAGUAACAGCAGCAUAGCAUUUUCAAAAGUGAAGCUUCAUGAAAAGCUUGCUGUAAUUCCAGACACAGUGUCAUAUGUAGAGAAUAGAGAUUCUCUUUCAUUUGCAAUAAUUUUUGAAAAUAUGAAUGGUGAUAAGAAAACAAAAUACAACUGGUUCUUUAAAUUUGGGGUCCCCAAGCCUCGAGCCACUGCGUGUUUGGAACUGGGUUACACAAGCAGUGUGUGAGCACGCUCAGCUCCACAUGGACAAGUGGUGGGCGUGAAUGCAAGUGUGCUUGCCCUGCUGCUUGCAGAGAACCAUUGUCGUCACCACUGCCUGUCCACAAAGCCAGAAAGGUUGGGGAUCGUUGCUUUAAAUAUUAUUGUCUCUUCAUUUCAGUGAAGAGAUUCAGUAUUGGCUCUAGAUCCAUUUUACCAGUUGGCAUUAAAACCAGAAUGCUGUCAGAGUCAUAUAUUCCCCAUAUAUAUUGCGUUGCCCAAACAUGUGGUACAGAAUAUGAUUUUCUUGUUAUCUUUUGUAUGUGUUAGAUUGAACCAAUGUGCUAAUUCUAGAGUUUGCUAUCACAUGACUAAAAAGAAUAAUUUUCAAAAGAAUGUUUACUUAUUCACAAUAUCCCUCAGUAUUGUCGCACCAACUUUCAGAAAUUAAGAUAGGAGAGCUACAUGUUUAAAUCUCAAUUGCAGCAGCUUAUAGAUUUUUUUCUCAUGUAAAUAUAUGACCUUUACUUUCACUCUAUGAACAAUUUGUGUAAAGACUGCUUCCUAUGACAGGUGGGUAAGGAAUAUAUUGUAUAGUAAUGUUUUAGCUUCUUGAAAAGUAUUUUAAACUAUAUGUUGGUUUUUACAUAUAAAUAAAUUUGUUUGGUAGAAAUAGUU